AUGAGUAACCGCAACAUUUCUGCUGGUAUUUGCCUUUCCUGUGAGAAAACAGUUCGGAAAAAUCAAAAGGGUGUCCUCUGCGAGGUCUGUAUAUCACUAACACAUGCCCGCUGUUCUGGAAUCGCUAGCUUUAAGGUAAAGCAAGUCCGUGCCGACACACUACUGACAUGGACAUGUGGCCAGUGUUUAGGAUCCUUACUGCCUUUCCACACAUGCUCUGAGUUGGACACAACCCCUGAAACUUCUCUUGAUGAAAAUUUGGUUGAUAAUAUUCAAGAAAUCCUCAGCUCCAACUGCAGUAAUCUUAAAGUCAUAAAUUUGAAUACUCAAGCAAUGGCGUCAACCUUCAAUGAGUUUCUACUUACAAUGAAGACCUAUCCAAUGGACGUUGCUCUACUUCGUGAAACAUGGUUGCGAGAUCAAAAAGAACAGCUUGACUACGUGUCAAUAG